AAAGUUUCAGACCAACCUUGAUUAGCAGACUUUUUUGACGAGAGAAAGAAAAAAAAAAAAGAGGAGAGAGAAAGUUAAGAGAGUUUUAAAAAUGGCUGACAAUGGCGUUGAGAAGCAAAACACUACUGAAAACCAACCAGAACAACAACAAUCUAAAGAAAUUAAGCAUUCAGAGGUUGGCCAUAAGAGUCUACUUCAAAGUGAUGCUCUUUUUCAGUAUAUUCUUGAGACUAGUGUCUAUCCAAGAGAGCCAGAACCCAUGAAGGAGCUUAGAGAAAUCACAGCAAACCAUCCAUGGAAUCUUAUGACAACAUCUGCAGAUGAAGGGCAGUUUUUGAGUAUGCUUCUUAAGCUGAUUAAUGCAAAAAACACCAUGGAAAUUGGUGUUUACACUGGUUAUUCUCUUCUUGCUACUGCUCUUGCUCUUCCUGAUGAUGGAAAGAUUUUGGCAAUGGAUAUAAACAAGGAAAACUAUGAAUUGGGUUUGCCAGUGAUUGAAAAAGCAGGAGUUGCCCACAAAAUAGAUUUCAGAGAAGGUCCUGCCUUGCCUGUACUUGACUUAUUGCUUGAAGAUCCAAAGAACCAUGGAUCAUUCGACUUUGUGUUUGUGGAUGCUGACAAAGACAACUACUGGAACUACCACAAGAGGUUGAUUGAUCUUGUGAAGGUAGGUGGAGUGAUCGGCUACGACAACACCCUAUGGAAUGGAUCUGUGGUUGCACCAGCAGAUGCUCCCAUGAGGAAGUAUGUUAGGUACUAUAGAGACUUUGUCUUGGAGUUCAACAAAUCUAUUGCUGCUGAUCUAAGGGUGGAGAUUUGCCAACUUCCAGUUGGUGAUGGUGUUACCCUGUGUCGCCGAGUUAGCUAAUCUGUCCAACCGUUGGGGAUAUUUUCUUAUAGUUUGGUCAAGCUUUUGCAUUUGUAUAAUGAACCCAGGGAUAUGGACCGAUCCAACCAGAAAAGAGAGAGCUGGAUUACAGGGAGGCUUAAGCCUAAUAAUUGAAGUUUCUUUAUCACUAUAGUAUUUUGCUUUUUGGUUUUUUCAACCUUUAGUCAAGUGGAAUGUGUAAUCUUGUAAUGAGAUUGGUGGAUUAUUAAUUAUUACAAAUUUGUGUUCAAAAUUUAA